GAGUGUCCGCAGUGAAAAAAAGGAAUAUCACAUUAAUUAAUUUUUCGUGACUAUAAUGUCUAAAAUAAUUAAAGUUUCUUAUUUAUUAAAACUUAUGCCAGUGGUUUUGGCUGUAGAUGAUAAUUUGUUCACGCUUAAAUCUAAAGUUACCUAUUUUUUCGAUGGAUUGCACCAAUUAUUUAAAUGGUUUGGUGCCUUGUCGCAAGCAUACCUUUGAGAUAAGUUAUUGGUAGUGAAUUGGCACAUUAUCUCCAAGGGUGUCUCCCUGAUGGAACCCCUUCCAUUAGAAAGAAGUUUUAUCGUUAUGUUACUUUACUUUUGAAACAGUCGUAUCCAAACUUUACUUUUGGAGAAGAGGGUGCAAGUAGUGUUGUAUUUCGAAUGUUAUUCGUAAGCGACGUGAGCGAAAAAUAAAAAAAUUGGCAAAAGUCUAAGAAUGCAAACAGAAAGCUUAACAUUGCUGGAAUGAACGAUGCCUCAUUUGAUGAUGAAAUACAAUGUGCUUUGGUACAAAGAAUUCCAGAUAUUGAACACAUCCGUUGUUUAGUUAGGAAUAUGCGCUGUUCUCUGCCAUAUUUACAACACAAAGAUCACCUGUUCCAUCUCGAGAUUGUCAUGGACGAGUUCGAAAGAAUGAACAUUAUAACAAAAGAAAGUGCAUUAGAUAAGCUAAUGCAAGUCGUUGAGAAAUCGUAUCCUGGUAUGCCUAUUGCAUCUGCCCUAAUUAAAUUUCACAACAACACUACCAGAAGAGGGGUGCUGUGCCCAGUUGUUAUUGCUGGUGCUGAAGAUAUUAGUUUUUCUCCUGGGCCUCAACUCAUCUUAGGCGAAAAUGUAAGACUUGUCGACAAAGGAAAUAUUGCAAUCGGACAACGCCAUAACGAUGCACUACACGUCCUUCAACUUCUGGCAUAUUAUUAUAUAAUGGACCUAUCGUACCCAAGGUCGUUUGGAGGAGUUUUAGGGCUACUGCAGAAUUAUGUCUUGCAACUUCCAUUUGAUUGCACGAAUAAGCUUUGGCUCAAAAAAUGUAAAAUCUUGUGAGAAAUGUUGCCGUGUUAUAUUGACAUCUUAUAUUGACUUCUGAACUAUGAACAACUUAUUUACUUAAAUAUAAGCAAAUAUAUUUGUCAAUUGUGCUUGAUGGCUUUUAUUAAAGCAAAUAAAAUAUAAUUUUUAUUGUUUUUUA